UGACCUCCAACAAGUCCUUGACAACAGCAGCUGCAAUUUGUCAUCAACUUCUCUCCUCCAAAUGUCUACAACAUUUCAUGGAACAUGUAUUCGAGUGGACAUCAUUUUUAUUUUUUCAAAUCGAUCCAAUUCCCAUGCACAUACGUAGCAUGGUCGUCCCAUCUCUCUUCUCUAAUACCCUCUCAAACAUUCGCUGCAGGGUCUGGUGGUGGCACUACCACAGGGUGCUGGAGUUGGAGAGACAAAAAAGCCAGUUGGAGAACCAAAACUGGCAGUUGGAGCAACAAAACUCUAGACUGUCCAGUGAGAAGCGUGACCUGGAGAGCAGGGUGAGGAGGUUGGGUUAUGAAAACACCAAUCUAUUAGAUGAGAAGAUGAGGGUGGCUCAUGAGUCCUCAAGAAAGGUCUCCGCACUGGAGUACCGGGUGCGGGAGUUAGAGCACCAAAACACCAAACUGUCCAGUGAGCUAGUGAAGCAACGGGAGAACACGAGGAAGGCGGGCCAGCUGUUCAUGAAUGCUGCCGAUACGUACCAACAAGUAGCAGAGAAGCAAAUUAGAACAAAGAAAGAGGAAUUGGCAAACACGAGAAAGGCAGGCCUCCUGUUAAUAAACGCUGCUGAUACGUACCAAGAAGUAGCAAGGAAGCAAAUUAAAACAAUGGUGGAGGACCUGGAGGAUGCGAGGAUGGCGGUUUUGGUGGUCAUGAAUGCUGCCGAUACAUACCAACUAGAAGCGGAGAAGAAAAUUAAGGAUAAGAUGGAGGAAUUGAGGGUCCUUGGGGUCCAGAAGGCAGAAAUGGAUGCGAGGGCCGCAUCUUUGGAAUCUGGGCUUAAGACAGCUCUAGCAAAGAUUCAGGAAUUGGAGGCUGACUGUGAUAAGGUGAUGAUUGAAAAUAAUAAGCUUUGGUUGGAGGUUGAGAGGCUCAUGAUGGAACUGAGGGUAAUGGCACACAAGAAAGAGGUAGCUGCAAAUGCAUUUGGUGCUGAAAAGGCAGAAACUAUGAAGGAAUUGGAAAACCAUUUGAUGAAUGUGGAGGAAAUUCCGACUAGCAUGGAUUUGAUGAAGGAUGAAAAUGAUAAGAUUCAGUUGGAGAUCUUGACAGCAGGCAGAAACAUUGCUUGCUUGAAUUAGAUGUGUUAGUAGAGGAGAAUAAAGCAUGCUAAAUCAAGAAGGAAUCCGGGGACAUGAAGGGGGAAUUGAUGGAAAUCAAGGGUGCAGAUUUCAUGAAGGCUGAAAAUGAAAGCUUUGGUUAGAGGUUUUCACUGCAGAACAAAAACAUAGUCUGCCAGGAGCAGAAGUUGAGAGGCUCAAGGAGAAUAUUUGGAUGAUAUACUUUCUUGAAACAUUUAUAUCUCUAUGGAUCGUCCAGAAGCUAGGGUGGCCCUUUUGGUGCGACCUGUUUCUAUCCACUUGAAAACAAUAAAAUAAAUUGGUCCUUUGGAAUGGGUUUACAAUUUUUAGAAAUAAACUGUAAAUGUGAGAUUCCUUAUCGUAAUACAUGGAGCAAAUUUAUCUUUUCAAUUAUAUAUGCAUGGCUCUCUCACUUGGGUAGUAUAAAUACAUGCAUAUU